AUGGGCGAUCUCGGAGGAAAUCAACCGCCGGUAAUCAACGGCGUGUUUGUGGAGACGAACCUGGUGACGCGUCUCGUCGUUCCGGUUGUGAAAGACGAAACCAUCUCGAGUUUCAAAGAUCGGUUUCGCGAGGAGCAUCAUGAACAUUUCACAGAAACUGGAGAAAUCAACAUUGAUGCGGUGAAGGUGAAAUGCGGAGGUUGUUUGUAUGAAUUGUCAAAUCAUAUGAAAGUGAGUGACGCUUUUGACGCCAUUAGUAGAAACUGGUUUCUAUAUGUCGAUGCUGCUAAGGUUGAGAAGGAGAAUCCUCUGGCCAUAGUUGUUGCUUCUCAAAACUGUUGGGUUGAAGGAAAUCAAGAGGUUGGAUCUGAGAAGACAAGAGCAGGGAAGAGGAAAGUGAAAAGCUCGGAGGGAAAGAGAGGUCGUAAGAAACGCGUGACUGAUGAUGGUGUUAAUCAAUCUGCCAAGGUUGAGAAGGAAGAUCUUCUGGCUACUGUGGUUGCUGAUCAGAAAUGUUCCAACCCUGGUUUGGUUGGAGAAGAUAGAGAGAUUGGAGUUGAGUCAGUACUUGAACAAGGGUUGGAAACACAAGUACCUGUAGCUGAGAAGACGAAAAGAGAGAAGAGGACAGUGAAAAUCUCGGAGGGAAAGAAGAGUCGUAAGAAACGCGUGAGUGAUGAUGUUGUUAAUCAAUCUGCUACACUUGACAAGGACGAUCUUCUGGCUACUAUGGUUGAUGAUCAAAAACGUUCGAACCCUCUAAUGGACUCUGUACUUGAAGAAACACAAGUAGCUGUAGCUGACAAGACAACAAGAGGGAAGAGGGAAGUGAAAAGCUCGGAUGGAAAGAAAAGUCGAAAGAGAAGCGUGAUUGAUGAGAGGAAUGAGGUUGAAGCUGUUGUUGUUGUUGAUGCACCGAUAUCUGAAGUUUUACCGAGAAAAGAAGUAGACGAUGUUCUUAGUGGAGCUCUAGGAAAAGAAAACGAGACGGGUGAGGAAUCUGUCGAAGAUAAUACUCAAACUGAUAAACUAGCGAGCCAACCAGAGAAUCAUUUGGAGAAGAAAAGGAAUAGAAAGUCCAAAAAAGCCAAAAGACUUGCUAAAGGAGAGAGUGUUCCAAUUCUUGUGAAGAAUCUUGAACCUAUGGAAGUUGUAGAUGGAGAAGAGGCUGAUAAUGUCAUCAGGGAUGUAUUAGAUUCUUUGCAAGAAAUGAAGGGAAAUCUGGACAAGAUGGAGGAUAAAUCAACCAAGAUUUCGAAGAGGAAACACGUUGAGAAGAUUGUGGAGUCCCAAGUUGAGGUAAACAGUGCUUCUUUGGAGGAGGCUCUUCCCUUCAAAACUGCAAAAGACACCGAUGCAUUGUUCAUGUCGCCUAAGGACGUCGCUGGUAAUAGUGAGGAUAAUCAAAGUCUAGAGGUGAAGGCUGAUAUGGGAGAUACUUUAUCUCCUAGUCAAAAGGACCAUGUUGCGGAUGGUGGUGAUAAGAGGCGAGAUCAUGUGAUCGAUGCAGCUAAAUCUAAAGAGGAGAAGAAAGGCCUUGACAUGCAUCACGAUGGCUCCAUUAACGGUUCCGUGAGCUCAAAGCAACCGAAAGAGAAAGUGGCUAGAUCAAAGGUUGAUCAUUCCGCGGAAGUCGCUGUCGACAGCAAGAAAGAAGCUGCAAAGAACAACAUCUCCAACAGUAUCAUCGAUGGUUCAUUGAGCUCAGUGAAACCGAAAGAGAAGAGAUCUUCAGAUGUUUCCAGUGGAGCACCAUCUAAUAGUACAUUAGACGAUGAUGAGAGUGAUGUGAAUUCUGUGUCUAGGAAGCAAGGAAACAAUCUGUCCGUUGGAGGAGCAAAGUUGAGCUUGGCAGAUGUACUGAGAAGAUCAGCAAGUUACAAGAAGGCGAAACUGAGUGCUGAACAGUCACAAGCCGAAGAGAAAUUGUGUUUAGACCCUGAGGAAAAAUAG